GCCCCCCAUUUGGGCAGUCCCAGUGGUUUCUACCCGGAUAGCCGGGGGGCAGUGCUGAGCUGGGGUGCUGUCUGUUGAACCCAGGCUUCAGAAAGCUGCAGCUACAAUCCGUUUCUGGUUUCAGCUCCAGGAACCCACUCUCCUCCGAGGGGCAGGAGCCGCCGCCUGCUCCUAGUCCCUGCAAGCUCCCGCUGUGCCCCUGGCUUGCCUCCUGUGCCACCGCCGGACACCCCCAGGUCCCUGACACUCCCAGGCUCACACCAUGAGUCUUCAGCAGCUGCUUUUGCGCUUGCCCCGUUAUCUCGGGGCCUCGGGGCCCCCGCGUCGUUUGGGGUCCCCGUCCCUCGACCCCGUCUGCUCGGUGGGUUCCUGGCACGGUCAGUCCCCCCGGUCCCCGGCCCAUUGGAAGCAGGUGGUGUCCGAGGCGGAGAAGAUCGUGGGCUAUCCCACGUCCUUCAUGAGCCUGCGCUGCCUGCUGAGCGACGAGGUCAGCAACAUCGCUGUGCAGGUGCGGAAGCUGGUGGGGACGCAGCAUCCUCUGCUUUCCACAGCCAGGGGGCUGGUCCAGGACAGUCAGAACAGCCUGCAGCUCAGGGGCCUGGUGGUACUCCUGGUCUCCAAGGCGGCCGGGCCCAGCCACGCGGGUGCUUCGCGUCACACCUAUGACAUGGUCAGCGGGAUCUACUCAUGUCAAAGAAGUUUGGCAGAGAUCACAGAACUUAUCCAUACUGCUCUCCUGGUGCAUCGUGGGAUAGUAAAUUUAAAUGAACUGCAAUCUUCCGAUGGGCCACUGAAAGACAUGCAGUUUGGAAAUAAAGUAGCUAUCCUGAGUGGAGACUUCCUUCUAGCAAAUGCCUGCAACGGACUAGCUCUGCUACAGAACACCAAGGUUGUGGAACUGUUAGCAAGUGCUCUUAUGGACUUGGUACAAGGCGUAUACCAUGAAAAUUCCACUUCAGCCAAGAAAAAUUGUAUUACCGAUGAUAUUGGUAUAGCGACUUGGAAGGAGCAAGCUUUUCUCUCCCACGGUGCCUUGCUAGCAAAGAGCUGCCGGGCUGCAAUGGAACUAGCAAAGCAUGGUGCUGAGGUCCAGGACAUGGCCUUCCAGUAUGGGGAGCACAUGGCCAUGAGUCAUAAGAUACAUUCUGAUCUCCAGCCUUUUGUUAGAGAAAAGACCAGCGACUAUAUGACUUUCAAUCUAAAUUCAGCUCCUGUAAUCUUACACCAGGAGUUUCUUGGAAGAGAUUUGUGGAUUAAGCAGAUCAGAGAGGCUCAGGAGAAAGGAAGAUUAAACUAUGCUAAGUUGAGAGAAACAAUCAAAGCUGGCAAAGGUGUGACUUCAGCUAUUGACCUGUGUCGUCACCAUGGAAACAAGGCCCUGGCGGCCCUGGAGAGCUUUCCUCCCUCCGAGGCCAGAUCCGCUUUACAAAACAUGGUGUUUGCUGUGACCAGAUUUUCGUGACACCAAAUUAAAAAGACAUUGCUGUUCGGGAGCUGUAAAAACUGGGAACAAGGUGAUCGGGAGGGCUUUCGCGAUGAAAUGCCUGAAUGUGUUAAUGACUUUAAAAACAUAUACUAUUUUUUCCUUCCUUUUAUCACAUUGCUAAAUGAGUACUGCCUCCUUUUUGGAACUGCUGCAAACAAAAUCAGAAGGGAAAAGGUCAAGCAGCAUUCGCUUGUCAUGCCAGGAGCGCUCCGGAGGCCGCAGGGGCAGAAAUAAUUCAUGAGAUUCGCUCCUGUGACCUCAGCAAAUGGACAGGAAAUAAGUCCUUAUUGAUUGAACUGCACCAGUGAUGGCUCCAGGGCGGCGGCCUGUGGUUUUCCUUCCAGAGAGGACAGAGCAGCCUGGAAGCUCGGGGUGUCAGGAGAGGCACUACCGGUGCCGGCCAGGGGGACUGUCAGAUCCAAGACUUGUGACCAGUUUCUCAUCACGGAGUAGUUCAGUGAUUAAGAAAAAUGCGCCUCGUCUCCUUGCCAUGUCUGCGUGUUUGUAGAUACGGUAUGAAUAUACUUGGCACUUCCUGGUUUUCAUAAGAUUGGGGGGGAGAAAAAAUACUGAAAAAAAUAAUGCCAAAUAUUGGAAGCAGGAAUUAAAAGUUAUCAAAUGUGAACUUGGUUGUAGUAGGAAAAGCCUGUUUUCCUUUCUUAAAGACCAAUUUUUUGUCAAACACAUUUCAAAGAACCAAAAUUUUUUUUUUUAAGCUAAGCAGGGUGCUUUUUCCAAAGAAAAUGUGUUCGUCUGUAUUACUUUGGUGUAGCAACUAUCUUUAAUUUUUACAAGUGUCAGCUACAUAAUUGUACUGGAGAAUUCAUUGGUGGUACAUAUUUAACCUCAGGAAGUCAGAUUUUGGUCUUGAACCACAGACAUCCAGUUGCAGAAAGCAUGUAAGCCAUCUCACAGGCCUGCGAUCAGACCCGGGCUCCGUGUGGUUCAUAGGAGAUGGUUUUCGCGGUUUGCAGGCUUGCAACACGAGAAUCCCGUUGACAAGAAGGUUGAGUUUACAUAAAUGAUCUAGGUGGAGACGCAGCCACCUUUCUUCCUUGUGUGGUGUAAUUACAGCCCUAUCUGGAGACAGCGAGCCCGGCAAACAGAUUUUAUUACCUCAUUCACUCAAACACUGAGUGAAGUUAUUUUAGUUAAAUUCCUCCCCCGCAAAAGUUACAAAACCUUUUUAUCAGGACCCAGCAUGUGGCAGGCAAUGAAGAGGAAAUGUCAGCUGCAGAGGUUAAGGUAUUGUGUUAGGAAAGAUUUGAUAUACUUGUAAUAUUAUAAGUGUAUAGUUUGUGCUGCUACAAUUUGAAGAAGGUCUAAGGAUUUAGUUUAAGAGAACACGCCACUCUUCUGUUUGAAAUGCCUUUUCUCACAGACAUUGGCUUAAUUAGUAACUAGGGCUCGAUGCUUUAGAUCAGACUAGGUUUCAAUCAUUAACCUCCACGAAGGAGGAGCCCUGCUUUGUUCUCUGGGCGUGCGGGGGCUUAGGCGGGCUGGGGGUGUACUUCAGGGCGCAAGGCAGGAGCCCAGGGCUCUGGGAAUUCCGGGUUGGCGGCUGGCUUGCUGUGUGAUCUUGAGCAAGUCACUUCUCCCUGAGCCUGAAUUUCCAUCUGCAAAAUAAGGCUGAACGGGAGAAUGUAUGAAAGCCCUUCCAGAUUUGUUUUACUUUCUAAAAUUUGCCAUUUCUGACCAUCUACGUGAGAUUAAGGGAAGAGGGUAGCACCUGGAGAGGCCUUAGACCCGCGGUAUUCCUAGCUCUCCUUUGUAUAGCAUGUGGUUCUGGAAUCUUAUGUUUCAAGAAAGGCUGUCUGCUUCCCUGGGGGCCUUGCUCCUUCCCUUCCACCUUUCACCGCCUUCACGUCCUCCAUCCUUCCCACGGUGCCGCCCUGACGGUGGACUGACUGUGCGCCUCGCCCGCCCCUCUGCUGGGGUCUUACUCCAG